AUGAAUUUACAGAAAUUUUAAGUCAAACUGAUAAAUUUUAAGCUUUAAAUGACAAAUAAUUUAAUUUCAAAAAAGAGGAUUUUUUUUUUUGAUUCUCUUUAAGGUAUUUCAAAAAAUCUCGGUUAGUUGUUAUUAAAUAUUUGAUAACAAAUGAUAAGAUAAAUAAGAUUAUUAAGGAGUGGACUAUCAAUGAUAAUAUAGGUAAAUAUAAAAAAGAUGAAAUUACACAGGAAGAGAAUAUUAUUCCUAAAUAAAAAUAAAUUGGAAAUCUUAAUGUAUAAUUGCAAUAAUUCAAUUUAUAUCAGGAAAUUUUUAAGGACACGUUAAAGUAAUAUGAAUCAAUAUCUCAAACUAUAAAUAAGCUUUCUAAUUAGUUUCAAAAUGAAGAAUUGCAGGAAGCGUUUAUAUAUUUAUAUAAUCUUGCAUAGUUUAAUGAAUUGAAAACAAAGUUUGAGGAAGAAUCAUCCCUAAAUAAGAAGAUAAUUACGUAUGAUUAAAUCUAAAUCGAACUAAAAAAGAUCAAGGAAAAUGAAGCAGAGCUGACAUAACUUUAGUAAGUUUUGAAAAAUAAAUUAGCGGAAAGUGAAAAAAUAAUUAAGAAAAUUUAUAAGUGAUAACUGAGUUGAAGAAACAUGAAGACUGAAUAAUCUUAUUAAUUUAAGAUUUAAAAAAUGAAAAUAAAGAAUUAACUAGUAAAUUGAAAUUAAUUGAGG